AUGGUAGGGCUUAGGCUCGGCACGGACGGUCGGCUGUACCCCAGGCCAGGUCCGGCAGUGAACGCACCUCUCCCGGUCCUCCAAUCCACCGCAGGCUCGGCGGUGGUGGGCCGGAUGCUGGCACAUUCAUUUGACGCAGCAGGCUCAGGAGUAGGCUCGGGAGGUACGGCGGCAGGUUCGGGGAACACAGCAGCCUCGGGAGGGUCAGCUUCGUACUUGAGAGUGUAUGAGGAGGAAGGGGAGAGGGAUGGUGGGGGGGGAGCAGCAGCAGGAGGGGUAGGAGGGAGCAAAGGACAGGGGGGUGUGGGGAGCAAGGGCACAGGGGCGGCAGCAACUGGGGCAGGCGGUACUGUAGCAGGUACAGGAGGAGGGGCGGGAGGAGGAGGAGAAGCAGGAGAGAGUGGUGUUACAAUAAUGAUACCUCCUUUGGUGAAUGGGAUUGUUCCUAUAGCAGAAGGUGCUUCUGAGAGCGAAGCUUCAUCAGGGGAGGACAGAAGUAGGGGGAAUGAGGGCCAGCAGCAGUCAGGUGAAAAUCCAGCUUCGGCACCGGACCUCUCCUUCCUCCGGGGCGCUGCCGAAGCUGCCAGCGGCUCGCCCGGGAGAGUGCUAGGGAUGCCUCCAGGGGAUGUGACUGUAAGGGGCGGAAGGCCUGGGUGGCUGGGACAACCCCAAGGCAGGAUACCCCCGGGAAUGGGUCCAAACGGCGGGCUUAUAUGGGGGGGAUUAGAUGUUACAGACAGCGCGACUUACCUGCAGAGUAUGAUUGCUGUAUACACCCUUGCAAGGGACCCUGCCCCGUCUGUAUCUAAGAUCAGCCGACAGACUCUUGCCCAGAUUGGCUCCUCUGUAGCUGCAGCAGCUACUAGUCUCAACGCGGCAGCGGCAGCGGCAGCAGCGGCGGCAGGAGCAGGAGGAAGGGUGGGGGGAGCGGGGCCGGGAGGAGGAGGGAUGGGCGGAACUGGGAUGGGGUAUGACGCGUUUAUGAUGCCGAUGAUGGUGCCUGGGAUGGGUGGGGUUGGGGGGGGCAUGGUAGCAGGGGGGCUUGCUCCGUCUGCUAGCUUCAGCAACCUGACUCGGAGCAGCAGCAGAGAUACCGGGACGGUGAUAAUCACUGGUGCUGGUGCAGCUGCGGCUGGUGGUGGAGCCAUUGGCACUCCGAAUCUCUCUCUCGCUGCUGCUGCAGCAGUGGGGGCCGCGGGGCCUGUGGGUUUGCCAGGCCUGGGGGGGGUGGGCGGGGGGAUGGGGCAUCACGGGCUGAUGAGUCCUGCCAUGAGUCCACGUGUCCCCUCCCCAUUGGCUGCUGGGUUGGCUCCUGCGAUUACCCGGUCAACUUCAUGGGUUGCGCCUGUCAACGCCCCACACCCAAUCGGCAGCUGGCGCCAGCUGGCAGCACCACAGCUCGCCAUGUCACCCUCUGCCGCCGCAGCUUCGGGAUUCCUCCAAGCCCGGGACCCGUUCGGCCUGGUGGCUCGGGACAGCCUCGGGCUGCCGCCGAUGCUGGCAGCAGGUUCGGGAAUGCAGGCUCGGGACAGUGGGAUGCGGAGGGUAAUGACUGCAGUGGAUUUCUCGUCGUCCCAGCAGCAGCAGCAACAGCAGCAGCAGCAGAGGCAGAUGGGGGUGAUGGGGAAUGGGGAGAUCCUUGCAGGAGUGCAUGUGCUGUCAUCUGUCACAGGAGGAGGAGGGUACCCGCCCUUGAGACCAUACCACGCAGCUGUCUCGUCAGACGCCAUUGCGCACCCGUCCAACCCACCUGCACUUACAACCCCUGCUAGUCGCCCUCAAAACCCUAACUCCGCUUCCUCUCAACCUUCUACUGCGAGUGCUGCCCCUGCUGCUGCCCCUGCUGCUGCCCCUGCUGCUGCGCCUGCUGCCACCUCUGCCACUGCCCCCUCUGGUGCUGCUACAGCCGCGGGUACAUUGCCUGCUGUGGGAUAUGCAAGCAUCCCGAAUCCUGCUGCUGCUGCUGCUGGCUCCAAUGCGACAAGCUCUACAGGCACAGCCGGUGGGCCCAGUGGGCUAGGGACCCCCCCGGCCCUCUCCGGCCCUCUCUCGGCCUCUCUCUCCGCGUCGCUCCUGGACCCGUUUCUGUCGCUGGAUGCAGCGGCAGCGGCGCAGGCGAAGCCGGUGCCCAAGUCGGGGCUGUAUGCGUGGAGCUGUGGGCACUUGUCGCGGCCGCUGCUGGAGGCGGUGUGUGACGCCGAGGCAGAGACGAGGCGAGCGGCCCGAGAGAAGAGAGCGGCUGAGGGCGUGGCAGAGUGCCGGCGAGCAACGGUGAGCAAGGUGAGCGAUCAAAUCGCGAGCUUUGACACCGAGUCGGAUAUGAUGACCGAGGCUGUGCUCCUGCACCCCUUCCUGCCACUCGUGUGCAUCGCAGACGAGAACGAGGUUGUGAGAAUCUGGAACUACGAGGAGGGACUGACAGUGAGCACGUUUGACAACCAGACGGGGGGCGGGGGCGGUGCGGACAGGCACAAGGGGGUGAGCCAGCUGUGUCUGCUCAACGAACUAGACGACACACUGCUGCUGGUCGCUUCCAGUAAGUUAACUCUUCCUUGUCGAGCCCUCAGCAGUAAGGGAGGUGGAGCGGACGGGCACAAGGGAUCGCAACAGCAAAUAACUGAUUCUAACAUGUCUCACCGGCACCAUCAGCAGCAGCACCAGCAUCAUCCUACUAACCAGCGAUUAGACCAGCAGCAACAGCAGUACGCUUCGGGCGAAAUCUCCUCCAUCCUCGUGUGGGACCUAGACAGGGAGCUGCUGGCACACAGCGUGCCCACUGAGUGUGACUCUGCUGUCACUGCACUGGGAUCAUCUGUUGUCCAGCCAAGCUACGUGGCAGCGGGGUGUGACGAUGGCUCUGUUCGGCUAUUUGACAUUCGCUCGCAACCCCGGGCGCAGCUCGUGUGCGGCACGCACCACCACUCGCAUAGGGUCGCGGGAAUUGCAUUCCACCCCGCCAGCACUUCCGCACCUCAAAUUAUCUCUGCGUCAAGUUCUGGCGAGAUUGUAUUUUUAGAUGCCCGAAAUCCGGGGCAGCCAAUUAGAAGAGUGGAGGCGCAUAAGGGGCACCUCACAGCGCUCUCGGUUCACCGGCACCUGCCUGUCAUGGCCACGGGCAGCUCGAAACAAUUAAUCAGAGUGUUCAACAUGUCUGGGGACCUAUUGAGUGUCGUGCGUUACCACAACAGUUUCCUGGGUCAGCGCAUCGGCCCCGUCAGUGCGCUGCACUUCCACCCGUACCGACCCCUCCUGGCCGCGGGUGCCACUGACUCCAUUGUUUCCAUCUAUGCGGGGGAGACACACCGCAGCUAG